AGAGAAGUGAAAUGCAUGGUACUGAUCAAGAUUAGCAUCAGCUGGCGCCAGGCAGGCAGGCAGACGGACGCAGCGCGGCAGCAACUACCGCAGUCCCUCGCCAUGUCUGAGGUGGAGAAGGCAGCUGCCGCCUCGCCUGGCGGUGACACUAUUUUUGGCAAGAUCCUCAGGAAGGAAAUACCUGCUGACUUCAUCUACGAGGACGAGCAGUGUGUGGCAUUCCGUGAUGUGUCCCCCCAGGCACCCACGCACUUCCUGGUGAUUCCCCGGAAGCCGCUGGCCACACUCUCUGAUGCCGGAGAUGAGGAUGAGCAGCUGCUGGGACACCUGAUGCUCGUGGCACGCAGGGUAGCCAAGGAGCAAGGGCUGGACAAAGGAUUCAGACUGGUGGUGAAUAAUGGGCAAGAGGGAGCUCAGAGUGUCUACCACCUACACCUGCAUGUCCUCGGUGGCCGCCAGAUGCAAUGGCCCCCUGGUUAAGACAUGAAGGGACUUGGUGUGUGUGUGUGUGUGUGUAGGUGUGUGUGUGUGUGUGUAGGUGUUUUGUCGUCUGAUUAGCUCUCCUGGUUUAGAAAUUGGUGUUUUUGUGUGUGUGUGUGUGUGUGUGUGUUCUGCUGUCAGUGUCAUGUACACAUGCACACUUGCAUAUGCAUACACACACACACACACGCACGUAAUCUCACAGAAAUCUAUACGUGUUUCUUUAUUGAUACUUUUGUAUCUUAUCAUGCCAUCUAUCACACACACACACACACACACACACACACACACACACACACACACACACACACACACUGAAGGAAAAACUGGAGAUUUAGAUAUGAGCUUCACUAAAAUCCUACACACACACAUACACGCACACACAUACUUGAUAUAAUUUGAUGAAAAUAAUGUGAAAUGACUAAUGAAUUGUGUAAAAAUAUUUCUUUUCUGUGCCAUCCAUUGAAAAAAGAUAAUUAAGAGAAAACACUAAGAAUGUUUAUGCUAGAGAAUUAUGAGAAGAUAAGAAGAGAAAAGUUAUGUUAGUUGUCUCAGUUGCCUUAUAAUUUUUUGUAGUAGAGUUAAUUAAAGGAAGAGAACUCAGAUUAUUGUAAAGAAUAGAAUUGUGAAGAGACCAGCAGUAAGAUAAAUUAUUCAAGACAAAUGUUUGUUAAUCUUGUCUUAGAACUUACUGAGGAAGGAAACUGAAAUGUAAUGUGAAUAUUUGUGUAAAAGAUCUUGCUUCACUUGCUCUAAAACUGAAGAAAUUAAAAGAAUUAUGAAGAGACAAGCAGUAGGACUAAGAAGUGGUGUUUGCUACUCUUGUUGUCAUAGAAGUUAUUGAAAAAAUAUGAAAUUGAAGAAUUGUGUAAGAAAUAUAUCAUUUACCAGCAAACUAAAAAAUAAAUUAGGAUUAUGAAGAGAUAGAAUGGUGAUGGUAAUAAACCAGAACUCAAUUUAAUUAAUUUUGUUGAGAUAAUGAGAGUCAAAAUGUCAAGAUGAGUUAAAAUGUCAGAUUAAGAGAUUUUUUAAACAUUUCCUGCUUUGCAUAAUAUUUACUGAAUAAUAGGCAAUUAAUUGAAGUGAAACAAUUUGCUCUUAUUUCUUAAAUGUGCCUUUUUGUCAUUGAAUAAACUGACAAUAAUA